AUGUCUACCUCAAAAAAAAAACAAAUAAAUUUAAAUAAUAAAGAUAAUGAAAAAAUGAUACCAUGGGUCGAAAAAUAUCGACCACAAACACUUGAUCAAGUAGCAUUUCAAGACCAUGCAAUCUCAGUUCUUAAAAAAUCAUUACAAUCAAUGAACCUACCUCAUUUGUUAUUUUAUGGAUCUCCAGGAACAGGCAAGACAUCAACUAUUCUUGCAUUAGCAAACGAGCUCUUUGGCAUGGAGUUAAUGAAAUCACGAGUAUUAGAACUAAACGCAUCAGAUGAACGAGGAAUAUCAAUUAUUCGUGAAAAAGUCAAAAACUUUGCACGAAUUGCAGUAUCUAAUAGCUCUGAACAUUCUUGUCCACCUUAUAAAAUUAUUAUUUUAGACGAGGCAGAUUCUAUGACUCAGGAUGCACAAUCGGCUUUACGACGUACAAUGGAAACAUAUUCUAAAAUUACAAGAUUUUGUCUAAUUUGUAAUUAUAUUACUCGAAUUAUUGGACCUUUGGCAUCUAGAUGUUCAAAAUUUCAAUUUAAACCUCUUAGUUUUCAACAUUCAAUGGAAAAACUUAAAUACAUAGCUUCUUGUGAAAAUGUCAAAUAUGAUAAAGGUGUAAUUGAAAUGCUUAUUGAACAAUCGAAUGGUGAUUUACGAAAAGCCAUUACAUUUUUGCAAUCCGCAGCGCGUUUAGUUGACUCAGAGCCUAACAAAAGUUCAUUAGAAAAUACUAGAUCUAUUUCUGUUGAACUAAUUUCGGAAAUCUCAGGCACCGUUCCUGAUCAUAUCAUUCAACAUCUGCUUUCUAUAUGUUUUUCGUCCAAAAGUACUCCAUCACAAUACCAUUUGAUUGAUCAAUAUGUUUCAGAAAUUGUUGCAGAAGGCUAUAGCGCUAAUCAAGUGAUAUCACAGUUACAUGAUUCUAUUGUUUCAAACGAACUCAUUUCUGGUGCUCAAAAAAAUAAGAUGGUUCAAAUAAUGGGGGAAACAGAUAUGUAUCUUAGCGAUGGCGGAGAUGAGCACUUAAAUUUAUUGGAUCUGAUCUUACAAUUAUCAGAAAUUUAUACAAAAAACUUACACGCCUAA